AUGACUUCAAGUGAUGUCUUUCGACCAUCAUUCCCUCCAAGAUAUAAAAUAGAAGAUUUUAUUCAUAUCGAUGAUUUGCGAAAUAAUAGUCGAGGGCCAAAUGCAUUCUUCGUAUAUCGAAAAAUAUACACCAAACAUCUCUUGCAAUUAAAUUGCCGAUUUCCAAUGACUCAAGUUUCGAAAUUGGCAUCAGACCAUUGGAAUAGUGAACCAAGUAGGGUUAAAAAAUACUACAAAAAAAUCGCCAAAUAUGUCGACCAAGAAUUAGACAAAAGACGUCAAAGAAUACCUCGUAAUUCACUUUCGUUUAGUAAUAUUCUUACACCUUCUAAUUAUAAUCCAAAACCAAAAGUUCAACAACAACCGUCUCCAAUUACUGAAUGGCCUCUUUCAUACAGAGAAACAUUCAAUAAAGUAAUAGUUAAUGAUCCAACUUUAGCACCUGCAGCGCCUGCACCAAUUGAUUUAAUUGAAUCCACUUAUUUUUCUUAUAAUUCAGAAAGUGAAUCAGAUUCUUCAAACGAUAUUCCUCCCUCCAAUGUUCUUAGUGAAUUCGAUUUUGAUUGGAGUGAAGAUUGUUUUGAUGUAAAUUUAUGUAAAUUUAUGUAA